GCGGGCCGCCGCCGUCCUCGCGCGCGCAUGCGCCCCUGCGGCGCUGACCCGGGUGCCUUCCUCCUGCCCGCUUCUAUGGAAGAAGCGCCUCGCCCGUUUCCGCCGCCGCCAGAGAAGGAGGCAAGAGGCGGAGCGCCAGGAAGAUGCCGGGGAAGCUGAAGGUCAAGAUCGUGGCGGGGCGGCACCUGCCCGUCAUGGACCGAGCCAGCGACUUGACGGACGCCUUCGUGGAGGUAAAGUUUGGAAACACCACAUUUAAGACAGAUGUCUAUCCCAAAUCUCUCAAUCCUCAGUGGAACUCAGAGUGGUUUAAAUUUGAGGUGGAUGAUGAAGAUCUACAAGAUGAGCCUCUACAGAUAACUGUGCUAGAUCAUGAUACUUAUAGUGCUAACGAUGCCAUUGGAAAAGUUUACAUCGAUAUUGAUCCUCUCCUCUACAGUGAAGCAGCUACAGUUAUUUCUGGCUGGUUUCCAAUUUAUGACACAAUACAUGGUAUACGUGGAGAGAUCAGUGUGAUGGUGAAGGUAGACCUUUUUAAUGAUUUAAACCGCUUUAGACAAUCAUCAUGUGGAGUGAAAUUUUUUUGCACAACGUCUAUUCCAAAGUGCUAUAAAGCUGUAAUUAUUCAUGGAUUUGUGGAAGAGCUUGUGGUUAAUGAGGAUCCGGAAUAUCAAUGGAUAGACCGAAUCCGUACACCCAGAGCAUCAAACGAGGCCAGGCAGAGGCUUAUUUCGUUAAUGUCAGGGGAACUGCAAAGGAAGAUUGGCUUAAAGGUACUAGAAAUGAGAGGAAACGCAGUGGUUGGCUACUUGCAAUGUUUUGAUCUGGAGGGAGAAUCUGGACUAGUCGUCCGAGCCAUAGGAACAGCCUGUACCUUGGACAAAUUAAGUAACACACCCGUAUUCUUACCUGCAUGUAAUUCCCCAUCCAAGGAAAUAAAGGAGAUUCCUUUCCAUGAAGAUCCCAAUCCCAAUCCUCAUUCAUCAGGACCCUCCACCCCUCUGAAAAACCAAAUCUAUUCCUUUUCACCUUCCAAGUCCUACAGUCGACAGUCCUCUUCUUCUGAUACAGAUUUGAGUUUGACACCCAAAACUGCACUCUCCCCAUGGGGACCCAAGAUUUUCCUGUUUCCCAGUUCCCCAACAUUAUCUUGUGGUUCCCCACAACUUACACAGCCCCACCUCCUCUGCUCUGGGUCUAGGUCUAACCCUGUCCACUCUAGCCAUUUGAACCCAGUUCUGAGGAAAAGUAUUUCUUUCACUGAAGAGCUGCUUCUGGCUGCUUCCGGAAUGGGAAGUGGUAGUGCUGGAAAAGAAGGGGGGCCAUUAAAAGCUCUGUUAAGACAACAAACUCAGUCAGCUCUGGAGCAAAGGGGAGGAUCACCCCAUAGGUUCUGUAGAAGGCGGGAAUUUCCUUUUUUUACUUUGACGGCGUUUCCUCCAGGCUUCCUUCUCCACGUUGGUGGUGUUGUCAGUGCUCGCUCUGUGAAACUCUUGGAUCGUAUCCACAAUCCUGAUGACCCAGAAACACGGGAUGCCUGGUGGGCAGAAAUUCGACAAGAAAUCAAAUCCCAUGCAAAAGCAUUGGGCUGUCAUGCUGUGGUGGGCUACAGUGAAUCAACAAGCAUUUGCGAAGAGGUCUGCAUUUUAUCUGCAUCGGGCACAGCAGCUGUGCUGAACCCCAAGUUUCUCCAGGAUGGAAACAUGGAAGUCUGUUUGGAACAAAGGUUGUCAUGGCAGCCUGGCUACUUUUCCAUAGGGUCAGACAAGGGAGAGGUUGAUUUUUUUCCUCAAAACCAGGAUAGUUCUUCUCUAUUAGGGCUAGAAGAAACAUUACCUCCUGGCUGUAGCUUCUGCCACAUACCUUACGACGAGCUCAACAUGCCGUUCCCUGCUCGCCUCGCCUACUGUUGCAACUGCAGGAAGCAGAAAGUGCCAGAUGUCCUUUUCACGACAAUAGACUUGCCUGUGGAUGCAGUGCUGGUUGGGAAAGGAUGUCUCAUUCAAGCCAGGCUGUGUCGGCUGAAAAAGAAAGCACAAGCUGAAGCAAAUGCGACCUGCAUCAGUAAUCUGCUGCCAUUUAUGGAGUAUGAAGUACACACUCAGUUGAUGAAUAAGCUGAAGCUGAAGGGGAUGAAUGCCCUUUUUGGCCUACGGAUACAGAUCACAGUGGGAGAAACGAUGCUAAUGGGCUUGGCAUCUGCUACAGGGGUUUAUCUGGCUGCUUUACCUACUCCUGGCGGUAUUCAGAUUGCUGGAAAAACCCCCAACGAUGCCACUUAUGAACAGCAUAUAUCUCAUAUGCAGAAGAAAAUCAAUGACACCAUAGCCAAAAAUAAAGAGCUGUAUGAGAUUAACCCUCCGGAGACAUCUGAAGAAAUUAUAGGUUCUCCCAUUCCAGAACCAAGACACCGUACGAGGUUGCUAAGAUCCCAGUCUGAAAGUUCUGAUGAAAUUGCAGAAUUGGAUCUCUCCCAUGGCAAGAAAGACGCCUUUGUGUUGGAGAUUGAUGAUACAGAUGCAAUGGAAGAUGUUCACUCUUUGUUGACAGAUGUCCCCCCACCUUCAGGCUUUUAUAGCUGCAACACAGAAAUUAUGCCUGGAAUAAAUAAUUGGACUUCUGAUAUACAGAUGUUUACAUCUGUAAGAGUCUCCAGACUUACCAAUAUUACCCUAACAAACCAAACUCUCAACAAGACCUUUAAUGAUCUCUGUGAGAAUCUGCUAAAGAGCCUUUAUUUUAAACUUCGCUCUAUGAUUCCUUGCUGCCUGUGCCAUGUCAAUUUUACUGUUGCUCUUCCAGAAGAUGAAUUAAUUCAGGUCACUGUUACAGCUGUUGCAAUAACGUUUGACAAACACCAGGCUUUACAAACAGCUAAAACUGUAGAAAAAACACUGCAAAGAGCUUCUACAGACAAUGAAGAACAGCUGCAAUUUCCACUGGAGCUUUCUUCUGAUCUUCACAUGCCUCAGCAAUUUUCACCAGCUAAAGAGGACCUGGAGAGUGCAAGUUCCCACACAGGUAUACCAGCUGUGCAAAGAGCCACUUCAGUUGAUUACAGUUCCUUUGCAGACAGAUGCAACAGCUGGAUAGAAUUCAUUAGACUGAAAGCUCAGACCAUAAGGCGUGGAUCAAUUAAGACAACCAUCUCCCUUGACAAGCCAAGUCCUCUGACAGAAGGACAGUGCCGCAACCGUCUGGGUCCCUCGGGAAUGAAUUCCACUGUGCCGGUUGUGAAGAUGACACCUCUCUCUUUCAUCCCCGGAGCAAAAAUAACUAAAUACCUUGGAAUCAUCAACAUGUUCUUUAUACGAGAAACCACUUCGCUGCGUGAGGAAGGUGGUGUGAGUGGCUUCCUGCACGCAUUUGUAGCCGAAGUGUUUGCAAUGGUCAGAGCUCAUGUGGCAGCACUUGGGGGAAAUGCCGUUGUCUCCUACAUCAUGAAGCAGUGCGUGUUUAUGGAGAACCCAAACAAAAACCAGGCACAGUGUCUAAUAAACGUCAGUGGAGAUGCAGUGAUCUUUAUUCGUGAAUCUGAAUUAGAUGGGGUGCCUGCCCAGUUUUGUACUACUGGUUCCACGAAAGAGACAGCAACGUGAAGAGCUGAGAGGUCUUUAUUCAUGUGUCAAUGUCUUCAAAGGCUCAGACGGCCAGGUUUUGUUUCUUACACUCCAUAUAUGAAGGACAGCUCCAUUCUGAAAUAGUUCAGAUUGUCUUUCCCAUUUCAUAAGAUCCAAAAAACCACCUCAUAACUCUUUGGACAGACAAAAGAACACCUGUCUGAAGAAAGAACUCGAGUACUCAUUGUUCCUCAGGAUCCCUCAGGAUAUUGCUCUGCAUUUUAGGACACCAUCUUAGAAGCACUCUUGAGAUACAGAUGUCGCUCAUUCUUUGAUGAGAAAGGGGGGAUAUUUAUUUUGCAACUGGGAUAUAACUGGGAAGGCUAAAUCUAUCUUAUCCGUAAAGGAAGAGACGGUGUUGAUAUUGCCAAAGGUCGGCCAUGAAAAGCGGACUUAGCUGUUGGAAUAAGCGAGAAUAAUAAGUAUCCCUGGACUGGAUAUUGCUGCAUGUUUGUUUUCUUUUUUGUUUGGUUUUGUUUUCAUAUUGGUGAGCUAUGGACUAUUUUUCUAUUAUUUUUUUUUAAAAAAAUUGAAUUGCAGUACUGAUUAUGAUAAAAUAGCCAAUUCAUAUAUGAUUGCUAUAUCCUGCUUUUGGAACAAUGUGAUGGGGGGGAAAUAUUUCUGGGGACACUGAAAUCCCAGCUGCAUUAGAAGAGAAAAUCGGGGCUUCUGAGCUUGUCAGAUUGUAAAUGCUAGCAAACUGGGGAAGCCACAGAAGCCAUUGCCCUUCCCCAAGCAGCAUUCAGCAUGGUACUCAGAUAGGGAUUGUAUCUAGAAUGCUCAGAUACCUCUGGGCAGGUUUGAUAGAAAAAUCUAAGAAAUUGCCCAGAGUAAUUGCAUCCCUAAACAGGCACUUGGGUGGAUAGGGGAGAACUUUGUAUCCAGCCACAGAUGUUUUGGAUGGCUAUAGAGCGGCGGUCACCUUCAUUUAAAAAUGGUCUCCUUGGUUCACUUGCAACUGGCGGGCCAUUGACAGAAUAUCCAUCAGCCCUUUCUACGUGUUCAUCCUCUGUCGCCCAGCACACUCUUGCAUAAGAAGGGGCAAGCUGAAAUUUUCCAGUGGCUUCCAAUAUGGAACUUGAAGUACGUAUGUAAACUUGAAUGUAAAUACAUGAGAAUUCAUUGAAUUAAAGUACAGAAACUUCUA